CCUCCUCUGGAGGGUGUUUUCGCUAUUCCCGAGCUGGCUGGGAGGAUCCCGGUCGCAGCAGCCGCAGGCACCGGCAUCACCGGGUACCGCGAUCCCACCGGCAUCCUCUGUCCCCCCCGGGGCCGCCUGCCCUGCCGGUCCCUGCCCUGCCGCCCCCCCCCCGCCACGGCCAGGAGAUCAGCCCCUCCGGCCAUGGAGCUGCUUUCGACCCCGAAAAAUAUCGAGAUCAACAACAUCACCUGCGAUUCGUUCCGCAUCUCUUGGGCCAUGGAGAAAGGGGACCUGGAGAGGGUCACCCACUACUUCAUCGACCUCAACAAGAAGGAGAACAAGAACUCCAACAAGUUCAAGCACCGGGAUGUCCCCACCAAACUGGUGGCCAAGGCGGUGCCGCUGCCCAUGACGGUGCGGGGCCACUGGUUCCUGAGCCCCCGCACCGAGUACAGCGUGGCGGUGCAAACAGCCGUCAAGCAAAGUGACGGCGAGUACCUGGUGUCCGGCUGGAGCGAGACGGUGGAGUUUUGUACCGGGGAUUAUGCCAAGGAGCACCUGGCCCAGCUGCAGGAGAAAGCCGAGCUCAUUGCCGGCCGCAUGUUGCGUUUCUCCGUCUUCUACCGCAACCAGCACAAGGAAUAUUUCCAGCACGUCAGGAUGCACUGCGGGAACGUGAUGAAGCCGUCGCUGAAGGACAACAGCGGCAGCCACGGCUCGCCCACCAGCGGGAUGCUCCACGGCAUCUUCUUCAGCUGCAACACCGAGUUCAACACCGGGCAGCCCCCCCAGGACUCGCCCUACGGCCGCUACCGGUUCCAAAUCCCGGCUCAGCGCCUCUUCAACCCCAACACCAACCUCUACUUCGCGGACUUCUACUGCAUGUACACCGCUUACCACUACGUGGUCCUGGUCCUGGCGCCCAAGGGUUCCUCGGGGGAUCUAUUCUGCCGGGAGCGUUUGCCCCAGCUGGACAUUUCUUCCAACAAGUUCCUGACGUGCUGCGUGGAGGAGGGCGAGCUGGUGUAUCGCCAUGCCCAGGACAGCAUCCUGGAGGUCAUAUACACCGAGCCGGUGGACCUCAGCCUGGGGGUGCUGGGGGAGAUCAGCGGGCACCAGCUGAUGAGCCUCUCCACCGCCAACGCCAAAAAGGACCCCAGCUGCAAGACGUGCAACAUCAGCGUGGGGCGCUAAGGGGAGCGGGGGGCGCGGGCAGGGCCGGGCGGGGGGACGGGUUUCCCCCGUGGACGAUGCUGGGUUGAGGACCUGGAUGGGUGCGGGGGGACCUGGCCGGUGUAAAUAGCGGCGUUGAGGAGCCGGUGGGAUGCUCGCCUGGCGCGGAGGCAGAGCCGGUACCGCUCUGCGCCUGGAGGGAGGAAGCCUUCAUCUCCUGGACUGGUUGACCAGCAUCAUCCUCGCUGGCCUGAGCCCCUGCAGGACCCUCUUCCUCCCCAAUGUCCCCUGCAUCCCCCCAGUCCCCUGCACCAGGGUUUGCAUCCCCUCCCCACAGCACAGCUCCUGGGGAGCCCCGGCCCUGCCAAGCUCUCCAAACACCUCCAGGGCUUCAUGGGGAGGCUGGAGCCCCCCCGGUUUGGAACUACUCCCUUGGAUGCUCAUGAAGGGCUCCCCCCGCUUUGGGGCUGCAGCCGCAGUGCCCGUGUCCGCAGUGGUGUGGGGGACAGCGUGGUGUCCCCCCCGUGUCGUGCAGCGCUGUGCUGUGUUUGCUCUGCUCUCGCCAUCGCUGUGCUGUCCGAACCCCCGGCCCCGCAGCCCGGGGGCGGCCGGAGGAGCCGGGGUUUGGGGGGGGCUACCCCUCCGUCACCCCCUCAGCAUGAGCCGUCGGCAGCAUGGGCCCCCCCGGCUCCCCGUCUCUGUGUACCCCAUGCACGCUGUAACGGUAGAACAACCCCGAGCAUCCCUGUGCUGUGCUGCCGGUGUUAUCAAUAAACUCUGUGCGGUCGCC